AUGGGCUACGGGGGGUUGAAGCUCUUUUUAUCUACGUACCUAUCUAUCUAUCCAUCCUCCUGUCCUCCAACUCCGUUGCAGCGUCCUAAUACAGAGCAGGUCUUUGGGCUCACCGCCGUCGACUUGGCGGUCCCGAACAACGGUCCCACGAAUAGCACUACUGCCGAUGUACCGCCGACGCCGGCAGCGGCAGCAGCAGCAGCAGCAGCAGCAGCAGCAGCCCUACCUGGCAUCCCUACGGCCACAGCUGCCGCUGCGGCCGCUGCCAGCUUCGGUGAGCCAGUACCCCCCGGCUUCCUCUCUCCUGCCGGCGCCGCCGCCGCCGCCGCGGCGGCGGCGGCGGGGCCCUCGGCCACAUCCAGUCGUGCUACCAAGUCCAAGCCGCCAGCAACACCGCCGACGCAGCAGCAGCAGCAGCCGACCGCUACCACCGGCACAACAGACGCUGACGCUGACGGCAGCAGUGGCGUCGGCGGUUCGGGAAGGGGCUACAGAUCGUCAAACCCCGGCACUGGCCAUCGGCUGCCGCCUAUUAGCAAUGGCGGCACCAUGGCCGCUGGGGAUGAGCGCGUCGGAGUGUUGACGACGCCGACGCCGCGUGGCGUUACACCGGGAAGCAAGCUGAAGGCAAACAGCGACACACGCAACUUUGACGGCAAGGACCUUCACGACUUGGUCAAGUUGUCCUGGCAGGAUUACUCAGAUGUGAGCCGCGUGCAGAGGAUGGUGGAAGUGGGGCUGAGCAGCAACACCACGGAGGCGUCCAGAGCUGAGGCGUUGAUGCAAAUUCGGGAGGCUUCCAUCCAAAACCCUCUUUUCAAUAUCACUCCCGCCAUUUUAAGCCAAAUACGGGAUCAUCUGGCCUCCCGGAACCGUCUGCUGCGUCCCGCCGCUGCCUACGCCAUUGCGGGGUAUGCGGCAAACAGCCGGUACGGCAGAGGCCUUGUGAGCCUGGGUGCACACGACUUCCUCCCGAGGCUUAACUCCAUGCUAAGGUGUCGAGUGGACAGCUUAGACGCCAGGUACGCCUCUCUGGCGGUGCUGUCCGUAUCCAUGCACCCGGAGCACAAGGAGCAGGUGGGGAGGAGCGGAUCCAUACCGUUGCUCAUAAACCUUGUACGACAAAACAUAGGCAGGACCACCCCGGUGCCGCCCAACCACGCCGAGGCCAUGGAAUACCUCAUUGGCACGUACGACAACAGCGAGCGCAGUACGGCAACCACCAGCAGCCUCAACAGCUACAACCAUGACUCCAAUGACCCCAAUGCGCCUGGCAACCACAAUAACGGUAAUAACAGCAACCACCAACUGAAUACACCCCGCAAGCAAGCCCCCAACCUCGGCACUAGCUACAGCUACAGCCCGGGUAACAGCGGACUUGCUGCAGGGACGCUGUCGCUGCUGACGCCACAGUCCCACUCAGCACCGCUGGUUGCUUUUAAUUCCGUACCGCCGGCACCGCCGUCACCGUUUCAUUUAGAGCCGCCAGGCGGCCAUGGCCGCAGCGGCGGCGGCGGCGGCAUGUGGGGGGCCGGCGGCGGCGGGUACGGCGACCUGCCGACGUCGCCUUCAAAGGGCGCGUAUCUGCUGCACGUCAAGCCGGGGGCAGCGCAUGCGCUGGCGGCUUUGGUGAACCUGGCGGAGAUCCCAAACAACCGUCAGAGAAUGCGGGAUGCGGGCAUCGCUGCCGUGUUGGAAGACGUGAUGCUCAGUCGCAAUGACAACAUCCUUCGGGAGCGCUGCAGGCUGUUGAUCGACCUCUUCCAGAUGGAGACCAACCGCUUCAAAGAAAUUCAGGCCAGCGCGGAUAUGUACACCGUAGCAUCUGUAAGUCAGGCGGUCGUCAACUUCAUCCAGCGAGGGAGGGACGGAAAGGCAUCCGCCGCGGCGGCUGCGGCGGCGGUGGCGGCGGCGGCUGGCGGCGGUGGCGGCACCGUCGCAUCGGCCGCGGCUGCCUUCAGCGGAGGCGGAGGGGGAGGCGGAGGCUCCAGCGCCGACGGCCGUAUGACCGGCACCGGCAGCACUCUGGGCCUCGUUGGCGGCGCCAGCCUCAAAGGCAGUCUGGCGUACAACCUUGUACGGCAGUUGGAGCGCGGUGAUCAGGAAGGAGAUCGGCGGGCGGGCACUGUGACUCUGACGCAACGGAAUUCCCUAGGUAUGAUGUCUAGGAUGCACUCGCAGGCGGUGGCCCGUGUUCAGUCGUACGCUCGGAAGCCGCCGACGUCAUCAACGGGGGCGCCGCCGCUGGCGGCGGCGCCGCCUUCGACUCACGUGCCGCCGCCUCAUGUGUCAACCCGACACCAGCAUUAGUACGGCACCGCGAGCCAGUACGGCUUAGCCGUACCCUGUUUUCUUGACACCCACUCAAAAUGUUGAGGAUGGUGAUGUUGUCCUAAGGGUACAUGGCCCUAGGAGCUGUGACAUGACAUGGUUGCAACGGCCGGGGCGGCAAAAGUACUGAUGCGUGAAUGCCUCUCGGCCUCUUUGUUUCCCCCGCUAUGUUUCUGCUUCCUGUAUGUCCGUCUGUCUGUCUAUCCGUCCGAAUGCCUGUCGGUCUAUCUGUCUAUCUGUCUGUGCGUCUGUCUGUCUGUCUGUCCAUCUUCCUUGCUAUUCUGGUAGGAGUGCUCCGCUCGCCGCUGCUGCGGUUGCGGCGGUCUCCUAGGAGGGCGCGAUUAUGUUGCGGAAUGUGAGAGAGCUCUCUGAGGUGUCGGAUGCGGCUGCACGAGGGCGCAGCAGCGCCACCACCAAAGAUAGGGUCGGGUCGGCGGUACGACAUUUGCACAGCGCGUCCUUACAAACACAGCAUAAACAUGACGUCCGACGUACAGGCCGGGUGUACAUACAUACGGUUUACGGGCUCGAAAGGAGUGAAAAAAACAGUUCGUACGACAAGCUUAGAGGAGUGUAGCGUACGGCAUGUUACGUCCGUACUACAGGGAAGUAUUGCGAUGUUUGGGUCGUAUAGCAUCCAAGCGCUAUGCGCAUGGGUGGGCAGAUAAGGGUGGUAUGACGGCACAACGAAUUUCCUUGCCCGCCUCAAGAAAAGGCCUUCUUACUUCGUGAGCACAUCCGAGCCGAUACAUCUAUAUGUAUAUUGUUUUGAGGUGUAGCUGGGCGGACAGCACGGUCGUGGGGUUGUGGGUCGCGGAAUGGGCCGUGUCGGUUCGGAAUAUCGGAACAUAUGACAUGACAGACGCACACACAAGCUGACACGGAGACAGCACAAGCGCAUUUGCCUACACGCAUUCUUGACAUCUCCAUUGGCGGACGCACGUAUGCGCAAACGCAUGCUCUUGAGCACAUAAGCUAUCGCAAGUUACAAGCUUCAAGUUACAAGUUCCUCACCAAUGGGGGGUUGUCCGUCAAAGCCGAUGGCCAUGGACUAUAUCCGCUUUCGUAAUGCGUUUCGACAUGGCCGACCGAAGCUUCGAUGUUCUCUUCUCCUGCCUGUAUGUACCAUCAUGGCAUUCCUAACAAGGGUGUCGUAC